AUGGUUGGCUACGAUAUUUUGUGCUGUGGUUCGAAUGGAAACUACCAGCUGGGUACUGGUACUAGUGAGGAUAGUGCAGUGCUUCAGAAUGCGGUCAUGCGGGGAGUGGAUAGACUGACAACCAAGCCCACCUCGAUCAGGUGCGGAGGGAACCACACGCUGAUGCUAGUGGAAUUGGGCGACGUAUUCGUAGCCGGAGACAAUAGCAAGGGCCAGUGUGGUCUCAAUCCGCAAAUUGACGGUCAAAAUUGCUUAUCGCAAUUCACGAAGCUUCCCCGGCUCAACGGCAAGCGUUGGACGCACAUUUCUGCAGGCUGGGACUUCUCGGUACUGAUAAACGAAAAUCACGAGGUGUACGCAUGUGGUGAGGGGUUAAACGGUGAACUUGGACUUGGGGAGCUAGUUACUUCAACAUUAUCCAAGUCCGAGGAAGACAAAUUCACGUUGCUGCGAAUAAAUCUUGAUGUUGGCUCUGGGGUGCGGAGCAUCAAAUCCUCCAUACACCAUACGGUGAUCUUGCUAAAAAGUGGUGUAUUACUUGGAUGGGGAAACAACAAAAAAGGCCAGCUGACACCAGUGAGUCUAUCAAAGCUUGUUUGGAGUCCACAGACCAUUGAAGUUGAUGGAAACAGGGUCAUUGGCUUCAACGUUUGCCGCGAUUUUACAUGUAUCGAGCUGGCCUCUGGAAGGCGUCGUUUUAGAAUUCUGGGAAAGAAUGCCGAGGAACUGGAAGAGGAGGCCCACCAGAUGUUUCAGGGGCUUACUGAAAAUGGUUAUGACUCGUUUACUGUCCACAACAUGUGGACUUCGUUACAUUUGUUCGGGUCCAAUGGUGAGAACGCUACCGUCUCUUCGAUGGGUAACAACUCUCAUUCACAGCGGCUUGAGAGUUUGCCGGAUCAACUGCAAAAAGAUGCAAUGGUCUGUUCCCUCGGCAGUGAGCACGGGCUGUUCCUGACGAUGUCCAACAAAGUGUAUGCGUGGGGUUGGGGAGAACAUGGUAAUUGUGGAGUCCAAAAGGAAGAAGGUACCGUCUUCGCUACGCCCAAUGAAAUAUACGAUGGAAGGGCCGGGAGAGUGGUACUGAUCCAAGGUGGGUGUGCCACCAGCUGGGUGGUCACCCAGAACUGA